GAGGGCCUGAACCAACCAAGGUGAGAGGUAAAGCGCAGAGCGGUGUGGGAUCGCAACUCUCGUGGAGAGAGGACGUUGGAGUUCAGUUAAGUUCCUUAUGUCCUCCCCUGAAAUUGCUUCCCUAUCAUGGGGGCAAAUGAAAGUACAAGGCUCUACUAAAACCUAUAAGGACUGCAAAGUGUGGCCAGGGGGAAGUCGGGCUUGGGACUGGAGAGAAACAGGAACUGAGCAUUCUCCUGGUGUGCAGCCUGCAGAUGUGGAGGAAGUUGUUAAGAAGGGUGUGCAGACUCUUGUGAUUGGCCGAGGGAUGAGUGAGGCCUUGAAGGUGCCUCCGUCAACUGUGGAGUACCUCGAGAAACAAGGCAUUGAUGUGCGGGUGCUCCAGACAGAGCAGGCAGUGAAGGAGUAUAAUGCCUUGGCUGCCCGAGGAAUCAGGGUGGGAGGGGUCUUCCAUUCCACGUGCUGAUGGAGCCUUAAGGAGAAUAAAUCACUAAGCC